CAGUCAAUUAAAAGAAAGGACUUUCCCUGAAACUUUUUCUGCAGUUGAAGAACAAACAGAACAAAUGAAGGAGAUUCUUCCAUCUCCCUUCAGCACGAAGGUAAAGACUGGAAACCUAGGAAACAGGCCAAUCACAGCAGGAAUUGAUAUUAGACAGAAGGCUUCUGAAAAAUUUAUUGACCAGCAUCAGGUAGACACUCAGUUGAUAGAAAAACAGGAGCAGAAUCAGCAGAGCAAGGCAAAAGGAACACCUCGGAAGAGUUUUCUGAAGCGAAAAGAAGGUACUGUAAGGGUCAAAAAAAGUAAACAGAAGCCUUUCAAAGAAGUGAGCCAGCAUUCCAGAACUGAUGUGGGGCACUGGAGUCUUUUCUCCCAGCCGGGACAAAUGGAUGCAGGGAUACUGCAGCCAAGGGAAUACCCUCAUGUAAAUCUGCAAGUCAGCAGCUCCAUGCAUAUAGGUACACAUGGAAAAAAGGCAAACUGUGCUUUAGCUGAGAAGGGAAUUAAGGCUCAGACUGACUGUGAAGUGAAAGUACGGGAGCAAAGUGCAGAAGAAAAAGUAGUGAUUAGGAGAGAUGAAGAUGCUGUUGGCUCACCUCAUAAGAAGUGGACUGAAAUCAUGAACUCAUGUCCUGAAACAACAGAAAUGAACCUACAAUUAGGUGGGGAAAGUGAAACUAAUCACAAGGAUUCCCUAGAGCAAGCUGACAGAACUGAUGGAAGACUUAUGAAGGAUACACUGCAAAUAAACCUAGGUAGAACAAAUCAGCUUCUACAGGGUGAGCUCAGAGAGGAAGAAGAAAGCCCUUUGGAAGUCCUGCAAAAGUGUUCUACACUUCAGGGUAUAGAAUCAGAACGUAUGAGGAAAGGAGAGUGGAGUGCAGUCCCUGCAUUCACACAGGGCCAGAAGCAUGUGCAGGUAUGCCCACAAGAACUUGUUUCAGGGAGCCAGAGCCCAGAAAGCAAAGGACAAAUCCACACUGGUUUUAAGAAGGUCAAUGAUAAGAUCAUAAAAAUUACUUGUAACUCGCUUGAGACUGUGGAGCAAGGAAGCUCAUCCGAGCAGGAAUGGCAAAGGAACGGGACAGCUGCCAUGACAUGGCAUGUUGCAUCUUCAUCCCAUGGGUCAGGCUGCUUAUCCUCCAGUAGUGAUGAUGACCCCAAAUCUCAUUGCAGUCAAUAUCCCUCCCAGCAUGGGCCUCAGGUAGCAGAUCAUUCUGACAGACAUUUGGAUCUCUCUGAAAAUGAUUAUGCUAGUGAUGAGCCCAGUGAAACUGAACAAAUCUCCAUGAAAAAGAACAUCAGUUCCUCCUCAAGAAAACAAGAUGUUCUAGCACUCUCAAGACAUCAAAGUCUCUCCCUCAGCACAAGCAGCAGUGAUUCCAGCACUGGAGCUGUCAACCUGAAAGGGAGCAAGGCUCACUCUUCUCUUCAGCAUUCUGCAUUUCAUCUCACAAAAUCCAAAAGGAGAGAGGAUGAACCUGAAUCAAAGGCCAGGCAUGUUACAAGCCUUAAUCUGCCAUCCUCAGCAGUGGUUUUUAGGGUUAAAGGAGCCCCUGCAGUGAAGCAACCACAGAAUAAACUGCCUACAAAUAUGUUAGAAGAAACCCAGAACAUCCUUUCCAGAGGAUUAGAAACUGGUGUAUAUCAUGGCGGAACCCUUUCACUGACUGGAGCAGAAGAAGAACAGGACAAAGCAAUGCAUUUUCUCAGCAGAAUACGAAUGGACCAACUCAAGGCUGUCAGGGGCCAGCAAUACAACAGAGAGCAAACUGACACAAAGGUGCAUAGCAAGUUCAAAGGAACAGCUAGAGUCAUUGGAGAAAGUGUGAAAUCAGAGGAAAUACAAAUAUUAAAGCAACAGAUUACAAGACUGCAGGAGGAGUUCAGGAGAAAUGAGUCCUGCUGGCAUGCUGCCUAUGGCAAGCUAAGAGACCAGGUUGAGAUGCUGACUAGGCAGAACAUGGAGCUUCGAGAUGAGCUCAGAGGUUCAGAACAGAAGAGGCUGAAAGCAGAAAGAAAAACAGGAACUGUGAAUCUCGUUGACAGAAAAUCAGAGACACCGGUUGCACAAGCUAUCCUGCGAGAAACAGCAUCUUUGUCCACACAAGAAGAGAGAUCACGGAGAGAGAAGCACAAGAACUGUAUCACCUCUCAUGUGGGGCCACAGGCAGCUUUGCAGGAACAUUGCUUCAGAGAUAUUAAUAGCAAAGUAUGGGUUCCUAUUGCCUUUUGCCUGAUCAAUGAUAAAAUCACUUAGUUUUUUACAAGCUUUGGCAAGUUAACUCUGUAUGUCAACUGAAAGUCUUUUUUCUCUCUUAUAUCUCUGACAGCUCCUCCACAGCCAGUUUACAACAUUGUCAAACACAUCAUUUAGAAUAUAUAGAUAC